AUGAAGACCUACUCUGGCAGCGAAGAUCGCAAUUCAUCAUUGCUGGGCACAUCGCUGCAAUCUGAGCACAGUCAAAAACCCGGCAGAAGCAAAGACAUAUUCGAAGCGGCAAACCGACAUCCGGAAACCGGCCAGCCAUUGCAGAAGAAGACAGGCGCUGCACAAAAGAUCCUCGAAUCUGCUGCUUUCAAGAAAAUCGAUGAGCAUGUGCCCAGUAUACGUAAAGUUCUGCGCCAUAUCAACGUCACAUUACCUUCUGCACAUGAGCGCCUCGAAGCCAGCCCCAAUGAUCACACGCUAUCGAACAAACACCCAAGCUCAUCGCAGCAAAACGAGUCCCAAGUAAAACGCAUCCACCUUCCACGAAUCACACCCCCAUCCGGCCCCAUCCCAAACAGCAAAGUAUCCCCUCGCCCCUCAACCUCCAGCAACCGCAACCGCAACCGCAAUCUCGACCUCUACUUCCUCACCCCCCUCGAACGCGAAGUCCACGACAUCCUCCACCGCACGGGCCGCGUAGCAAUCUACAAAGGCCUCCUCUGCCACCCCACCACCAUCCUCCUCUGCCACCCCUCCGACGUCCCUUCCCUCCAAAAAAUCCGGAGCAUGACCCAAAGAAUGGAAUCAGAAGAUCGCCAUAAACUCGCCACGACUUUGGAAACGCUGAUUGAUCAGAAACAGAGAUACAUCCUCAAUCUUCUGCUCUGGGAGCGUGAGGGUUUGAGGAUUACGAGUAGUUCGAUCGGCACGGGGAUCGAGAGUCCAGAGUAUGUGAAGUCUUCGGUGAGGAAGAAUUGGAGGAGACCGACGAGUUUUGAGAUUUUGGGGGCGGGGUUGACGGGGGUUAGGGAGAGUUGGAUUCAGAAAAUAAAAGGAGAGGAUGAUGGGGAGGAGGGUGGGAGGAAGGGGGUUGAGGUCAAGCCGUUUACGAUUUUCGAGGUGAAAGGGCAUGAGGGAGAAGAGGUGCCCAGACUCAAAGGUCUUCGGGGAGGAGGCGAUGACGGGAAUGAAAGGUUGAAGAUCCCUGGUUCUCGCAGCGCGAAGGCGUAUGUCAGAUUAGCUUUGGGAUCGACGAGUCGGGAAGAGAAAUUGGGAGAUGAAGAACGUGUACCUAGGAUUAUGUGGUGGCUUGCUGGAGGUCGUGUAAGUCUUAAGAAGAAAGCGCCGACGGCUGGGGAAUUGAGAAGACGGCGGAAAGCUGAGGUUGAGAAUCGGAAGGAAGUAGGGCUUUUGGGGACUUUGCUUGGUGUUAGGGAGAGGACGGGUGAGGCCGCGGCAGUGGAAGAUUCUGGUGAUGAAGCUGCUGAGGAGAUCGGUCAAGUCGAAGAAGUCAUUUCGAAAGAGUCUAAAGCUAAAGAUGGUGCUGAUGAGUCCAGCAGUCAGGCUGAAGGAAACACUUCGGAGGCACCUCAAGCCAAGAGCACCGAAGACACCUCAGGAGAGGAAAUUUCAAAGGCAGCUGAGCCAGCUGUGAAGACCUAG